AGCGGCCGGGUUACGUCCGAAGAAAUGCCCUUGGCAACAAAAACACGCCAUUCUGCAAGUAGGCUGCACCAGGUCCACAGCGCAUCAUAGCCGGAGCGCAACGCUUUCUGAUUUUCUAGAAUACUUAGGUGAAAGAGCGGGCCAAUUUUCCACGUGGUUCUAGCGAUGGCGUUUUCUACAUUUCGUUUUGAUGAAUACAGCAUCGCUCAAAUAGAAGAAAUCCUUGAACAAAGAGAUAGGAGCGGCUUUCACGCUUAUUAUGAGGAUGGAUAUGACGAGAACAAGUUCGUCUGUAUCGCUCCCUGGUACAUGAGCAAUGGAUCCAUGAUGACGUCAGUGCUCAGGUACCCGUCUAAGAAAACUGGCGAAUUAACGGACAAUUCAGAGAUUAGCCUUGGACGGUACAAACGCCACCGCUACGACAGGAUCAAAAUACUCUUCGAGAAAAAUAAUGCCAUCAUUAUGGAAUAUGUUCGCGAUGAAAACUCUACGGAUAAGGUCAAGCUGACGGACAAGAAUGUAAUAGGGUCUCACGUCUUCCGAUUUGUCAGAGGUAAUGACGAAUUAACGGUGUUCUUUGAUGGUAAACUGGUGUCUUUCAAUAAUGAGAAAGUAAGAGGCCCCGAAAUCGACGAUUUUGUGGUGUUAUACACGGACGAAAGCAGACCCAAAUUCUCGAUGGUGGAAACGCACUACACCAUGACCGACACGACAUUAAUAAGGACGGGUCCCGCUUACUUCAACAGCGUCAAGAACUAUUUCUUCUCCCAUCAGGGUGUUUGGCUUCGUAUGGGAGGCUACGCGCUGUGGAACGGCAAGUGGAAGCCAGGAACGAAGGUCUCAGCAAGAGACAAUAAUGGCAACCUUUAUGCCGGGGAAGUUGUGGUCCCGCCGUCAGGAACCAUGCUGGCAAUGUUAAAAGUUUACUAUAACGGAUGCGCAUUUCUAGACGCUGCGGACACAACGACAGCGCGAGUCCUAAAGUACAAAUACAGCAGCGCUGAACUGAGCGACCUUUUCAUCAAGCCCGAUCCGGACAUUCUGGUGGACUUCAAAGCCGUCACUGGCAUGCAAUAAGUUACUAACAGGACAUGGACAAGGAGCGCAUCACCAGUGGAGGCGAGCGUGCCAAUAUCAAGCGUCAUGUUCUGCUGCAUUCUUACCUUUCUUGCCAAAGCGUGAAAAUAUACGCGCCAAAUAUUCCUGGACGCCUUAAUUUGACAAAACAUUCACUUUCAUUUGCCUUAUUCUGUGAAAUAUUAAAAGGGGUAUGCACGA